AUGGCAGACAGCAUCCCCGCGCAGCUGAGGGCCGCGCAGAUCACGCCUUUCGUUCAGCGUGCUGCCCAGCUUGAACCCUACAAGCCUUUCAUCACAUACUGGCUGAGGUUCUACAUAAUCCAGAAGAUCAUUGGGGCUGGCCUCCACACGGCCGAUUCAGAAUGCACCACCUACACAGCAAAUCUUAUGGACCAGCUUGAGCAGACGAAAGCAGCGAACCCUGACGAAGAUGCCUUGCACGACGAAACGGCCGCGCAGGCGUACUGCGAGCAGUUUGCCCUCACCACUUUUACGAAAGGAGAGAAGGACAUGACUGCGAACAAUGUGACCAAGGGUACCGCCGACACACUAUUGGCGGCUGCGACGUUCCUCGAGAUACUCACGAUAUGGAAGAAGGAUCCUGAAGCCGAGAUCAAGUCGAAGCAGAAGUUCGCGAAAUAUCACGCGGCACGCAUCCUCAAAGCCAUUCGGAAUGGCGAAGACCCAAACCUUUCCAAUCCUGUCCACGAGCCACCGGCAGUGAUCUCUCCCUCUUUACUAGAUCCAAAUGAUCCCGAGGUGCAGAAUCUCGACCAGAAUGGCGAGGCUACUCCUCUACAAAACCCAUUUCAGUCCUACGUCAAAUCAAUGCCCGACACCCCAGCGCAACCUUCACCAACAAUUCCAGCACCCAAUAUCUCUCCUCCACCAGUACUGCCUUCCGCUCCCACAAAUUACUCACAUCGCGACGUAUCCCCUAUGUCGCAGCCCGGCAACACUUCGCGACAAGGGUCUGUAGUCUCUGAGGGUGGCGGCUACUUCCCGAGGGUAAACGUUCCAACUUUUACCGCCGACACCGCAGCACCAAACUUGCCGACGGCACCGUCCAUAGAAGACGAGCCGAUGGGCGCUAACCCAUUUGACCCCUCAUCUCUUGCAUCGUCUCUACCCACUGGAGCGCAAGCACCGCAAGCCCCACAAGCACCUAGCCCUCAAGAUUUCUAUCAGAACACAACAUCGCCUGCGCCAUCUGGACAACCCCAGCAUCGAGCUCCUCCACCACAGGCUCCUUUCCAAUCAUCGCCGAACCCAUAUGCGACUCCUCCUCCUCAACCGCAACCACCGGCCUUCCAACCACCUCACCAGCCACCAUUCCACAACUCUUUUGCACCACAGCAACCUCAAUAUGCGCCUCCGCAACAAUAUACCCAGCCUCUACAACAUCAAGGUCCAUUCCAGACAGAUGAGGAAGCCCAGAUGGCGGCUGCAAAACAUGCUAAGUGGGCCAUUUCGGCCUUGAACUUUGAGGACGUAAAUACUGCGGUGAAAGAGCUGAGAUUAGCGCUCCAGUCAUUGGGCGCGAAUUAG